AUGGGUAUCGCGAGGAAGAGAAAGGUGAGUUUAUUCGAUGUCGUCGACGACUCUACUGCUAAGACGGUGAAAACCAACGGCGGUUUAAUCGGCAACAACCGCUGGAACGGAAAACCUUACUCUCCAAGUUACUUCGAGAUUUUGGAGAAGAGGAAAACCCUUCCGGUUUGGCACCAGAAAGAUGAUUUUUUGCAGUUUUUUAAGGAUAAUCAGAUUUUAAUCCUCGUUGGUGAAACCGGUAGUGGCAAAACAACACAGAUCCCUCAGUUUGUUCUAGAAGCUGUUGAUUUAGAGACUCCAGAUAAACACAAGAAGAUGAUGAUUGCAUGCACUCAGCCACGUAGAGUGGCUGCAAUGUCUGUUUCCCGCCGCGUGGCUGAAGAGAUGGAUGUGAGUAUUGGGGAAGAGGUUGGUUAUAGCAUCAGAUUUGAAGAUUGUAGCAGUGCAAAGACAGUUUUGAAAUUUCUAACAGAUGGUAUGCUUUUGAGAGAAGCAAUGACGGAUCCACUUUUGGAACGAUACAAAGUGAUUAUUCUUGAUGAGGCACAUGAAAGGACUUUGGCUACAGAUGUGCUAUUUGGCCUUCUUAAGGAAGUUCUUAAAAACAGACCCGACUUGAAGUUGGUUGUUAUGAGUGCAACACUUGAAGCUGAAAAGUUUAAGAGCUAUUUUUUGGGAGCCCCUCUUAUGAAAGUUCGAGGAAGGCUACAUCCAGUGAAAAUUUUUUAUACUAAAGAACCAGAAACAGAUUACUUGGAGGCUGCUAUCUGGACAGCGGUGCAGAUUCACACGCUUGAACCUGCUGGAGACGUACUUGUUUUUCUUACUGGAGAGGAAGAGAUAGAAGAUGCAUGUCGCAAAAUAUCCAAUGAAGUUGCAAUUCGGGGGGACACGGUGGGCCCUGUGAAAGUUGUACCGUUGUAUUCUACUCUUCCCCCGGCUAUGCAACACAGGAUUUUUGAGCCAGCUCCACCUCCAGUUAGAGAGGGAGGCCUUCCUGGAAGGAAGAUUUUGGUAUCAACAAACAUAGCAGAAACUUCAUUGACCAUCAAUGGUAUAGUCUAUGUUGUUGACCCUGGAUUGGCUAAGCAGAAGGUUUAUAACCCUCGAGCUCGUGUUGAGUCUUUAUUGGUGUCUCCAAUAUCAAAGGCUAGUGCGGUUCAGAGAUCUGGGCGUGCUGGAAGAACACAACCAGGGAAAUGCUUUAGACUUUAUACGGAAAGAAGUUUCAAUAAUGAUCUUCAGCCGCAGACCUAUCCUGAAAUUUUGAGAUCUAAUCUCGCCAACACAGUUCUUACUUUGAAGAAAUUGGGUAUAGACGAUUUAGUACAUUUUGACUUUAUGGACCCUCCUGCACCAGAAACCUUAAUGCGCGCUUUGGAAGUGUUGAAUUACUUGGGUGCAAUGGAUGAUGAAGGUAACUUAACAAAGUUGGGUAAGAUUAUGAGUGAGUUUCCGUUGGACCCUCAGAUGUCAAAGAUGCUUGUUGUUAGCCCUGAGUUCAACUGUUCAAAUGAGAUUCUGUCAAUUUCUGCGAUGCUGUCAGUACCCAAUUGCUUUAUCCGGCCUAAGGAGGCACAAAUAGCUGCGGAUGAAGCGAAAGCUAGGUUUAUACACGUUGAUGGAGAUCAUCUCACACUCUUGAAUGUAUAUCAUGCCUACAAGCAAAACAACGAGGAUGCUUCUUGGUGCUACGACAACUUUAUUAAUUAUAGGGUGUUGAAAUCAGCUGAUAAUGUUCGACAACAGCUAGUGCGUAUCAUGGCUCGGUUUAAUCUGAAGUUAUGCAGCACUGACUUCAAUAGUCGCCACUACUACGUCAACAUAAGAAAGACAAUGCUAGCAGGAUAUUUCAUGCAGGUGGCUCAUUUUGAUCAGCAGAGAGGACGCUACUUGACAGUUAAAGACAAGCAGGAAGUAUACUUGCAUCCAUCAAAUUGCCUGGACCACAAGCCUGAAUGGGUUAUCUAUAAUGAAUAUGUUCUUACGAGUCGUCAUUUCAUACGUACUGUGAUGGAUAUACGUGGUGAAUGGUUAGUUGAUAUAGCACCACAUUACCAUGAUCUAUAGCACCACUUCAGGGUUUUAUUUCUUAAUUGCAUAGUAUGAAUUUGAGAUCCUCUGUGCUGCCUUAAUUUCUGGACGCGUGUGCCUUAAUUUCUGGACGCGUUUUUUUUUUUCAAAUUGCCUACAAAACCUGAUAUGAC